GUCAGAUUUAGCAAGAGCUCAAAUUGAAUCAAUGUAACUAAUCCCAAAAUUAAUUAGACAGCUGAUCAUCAACUUGGGAAUUAGCGACGGCAUUGAUACCACCAAAUUAAUUCACUGUCGUAUGGACGCACUCUUUCUUCAAUGACCCUAUAAACUCUCAUUAAUUAUAUAGGUUGGACAAGAAAAUCAUUUGUGACAAAAAAAAAAAAAAUGAAAUUCUCCUAUGUUCACUCCAUUCAUGUUCCUCUCUUUCUGGUAAUCUCCUACUACUGUAAUAAUUAUGCAGCCGCCGAUCCCACCGUUGGAUUCACGGAGGUCCCGUUGAAUCAGUCUAACUUCGUCGUCCAACGACCGUACGACGUUCCUCUGAGUCAACGCUAUAGCUUCGCCGGCGGCACUCACCGACUGUGGGUCUAUGCCGACGACGAGCCACAUGAUCGGAAAAGCCAUACCCAACCACGUACAGAAAUCCGCAUCACUGGACUAGACUAUUCGUCGGGAGUAUGGCAGUUCGAAGCGUACGGUUUCGUUCCCAAUGGAACUUCAGGAGCUACCGUCGCCCAAAUUUUCGGUGCAAGUCACGGCGCUGCCACCACUUUGAUUCUAAGGAUCUACGAGCCGGGAGAAAUGAGAUACUAUAGCUACCUGCCGGCGGUAGCCGGUGGGUUGUACGACCGAUGGUUCCGACUAAAUAUGGUUCAUGAUGUCGACGGCGGCAUGGUGGCCGUGUUCUUAGACGGCGAGCUGAAGCUCCACCACCAUGAUCGAGGUUCCGGUCAAUUUUACUUCAAGUGUGGCGUUUAUGCGGCUCCUGCUGAUAUAAGUUAUUACAUGGAGUCGAGGUGGAGAGACAUCAAAAUUUACAAAAAGUACUAGUGAUGAGCUAAGCUUAUGUAAGUGUAACAAGUGGGUAAGAAAAUUGAUUUACGAAGGGGGUGAUUUUUUUUUAGGGGUGAAAAUUUUGAAGGAAUGUUCUUUGUUAAUGAAUAAAAUGAGUGUCAAAAGUGAAUUGUGAAAGUUAUUGUAGUGGUUGAGUGAAAAGGUUGAUUUUAUCGUGGAAAGAAAGAAGUGCUUGAUUUGAUGUAUUUUGACAUUAAAUAUGUUAUUUAUCUCAUAACACGAAAUUCUUCCUACUUUACUCUAAUUUCAGUCGUGCGAGAUUCAAAUCCUUUUAGUAGUACCUAACCAUUAAAAGGAUAUGGUAGGAUAUUUUUGUUAGCGGGUUAUUCAGGCCCAUUUAUGUUGAAAUCGUAGUUUAACCCAUGGAACCAAAGGAUUGAAAAAUCUUAUCAGAGGUUGUAUCGAAAAAGUAAGUGGUAGGAUAUUUUAUUUUGAAAUCGUAGUUUAACCAUGGUUCACCGGUUUCAUAUCACUAUAUACCGUCUACCGAUUUCACUUCGAUUAAAGAUUUUUCUUGUUGAACUACCGAGACGAUACGGUUUUUCAAUCCUUGGUUAAAUCAAACAUGACGAGGGUUUAGCUCCCUGAAAUUCCCGCCGAGUUCUACAGUCUCCAUGACUCACGCAAACGAAUGCUAAAAAUGUCAAGAACUAGUUGAUCCCAAUAACUCGAGUUGGGGGAGAGGUUCAAUUAUGAAUCAUGUACCAUUUACUAACACACAAUAGCUUGAAGUUUGCACUGGCCCAGACAUCAUGUGUUUACAGAACAUAUGGGAGUCAUCGGUAUUCGUACAUAAGACCUCUUGGUCACGGAAUGCUCUGAUACCAUAUUAAGAACCAAUUACUUCCAAUAACUUAAAUUGUUUGAAUAGGUUAAAUUAGGAAUCAUAUAGUUUUUACUAAAAAAAACCCACAAAACUAUCCAUUCUCUACCUAGAGGCAGCCGUCCACUAUUGCACAAAUUUGUUCAUAUCAUCCUUUGGCUAAUUCCACUCCUAAAUCUAUAACUUCUAAUUAUAAUGUCCGUUCACUUCCCAAAGAAAAAAGUCCGUUCAGCUCCAAAACAGCUGCAAGAAACGACAAAGAAGUCC